AAACAAACACAUUAGCAAUUAUACAACAAAAGAGUUGCUUAAACAUAACAAUAUGAAGGCUGGUUUCUUGAUCCUUGCUGCCUUAUUGGCUUUAACAUCUUCUUCCUCUGCCUUUGAUCCUAGCCCUCUACAGGACUUUUGUGUGGCUAUCAAUGACACCAAGAACGGAGUGUUUGUGAAUGGAAAGUUUUGCAAGGAUCCAACACGUGCUACUCCAAAUGAUUUCUUCUUCACAGUGAAAGAAGGAAACACAUCCAAUCCACUUGGUUCCAAAGUGACUCCUGUUGCUGUUACUGAGAUACCUGGACUAAACACUCUUGGCAUCUCCCUUGCUCGCAUUGAUUUUGCACGUAAAGGCUUAAAUCCUCCACACUUUCACCCUAGAGGCACUGAGAUCCUAAUAGUGUUGGAGGGCACUCUGUAUGUUGGUUUUGUCACAUCCAACCCAGAAAACCGUCUCAUCACAAAAGUGCUUAAUAAAGGAGAUGUGUUUGUGUUCCCAAUUGGUCUCAUUCACUUCCAAUUGAAUGUUGGUUAUGGAAAUGCUGCUGCUAUUGCUGGACUUAGCAGCCAGAACCCAGGAGUUACAACCAUAGCUAAUGCUGUUUUUGGCUCUGAUCCAAGCAUCUCUUCAGAAGUUCUCACCAAGGCAUUUCAAGUGGACAAGAAAGUAGUGGACAAUCUUCAGAAACAAUUCUGGUGGGAUAACAAUUAGAGCAUCUCCAACAUUAGUUUCUUAGGCCAGGCUUGUCAUGUUGUGUGCUUGAAUAAUCACUAACAUCAUCUGAAUUGUUAGUUCUGUUGUUGCAUUUACGAUCAUAUAUAUUUGAAUAAUCACUAAUGUUGGAUGUACUACCUUAGAAGUUAGAAUCAUAUUUGAAUAAAAAAUUUAUUUUUGUAUU